CGGAGGUGGGUGAGUCAGGGCGCUCCCCAUCCCCCCGUGGUUUAUAAGACUUGUCCCAGCUGGCAUCCAGCUCCCACCACCCUGUAGCACGCGUGCAGGCAGACCAUGGCAAGCUACAACGUCCCUCACCGCGCUAUACUCCAAGAUGGGCUCCGGCCCGGCUCUGUGAUCCGAGUGAGGGGUACCGUGCCAGACAAUGCAAGUCGCUUCCACGUGAACCUUCUGUGCUCCGAAGGCUCCGGGGCCGACACGGCCCUCCACUGCAAUCCCCGCCUGGACACGGGGGAAAUGGUGUUCAACACCUUCGAGAAAGGGGCGUGGGGGCAGGAGGAGCGCAGCCCCCACCUCCCCUUCCAGCGGGGCCAGCCUUUCGACCUGCUCCUCAUCGCGGGCGACGACUCCUUCAAGGCUGUGACCGGAGACCACAUGUUCCAUCGCUUCUCACACCGGAUGCCUCUGGGCCUGGUGCGGGUCCUGGAGGUCGGGGGCGACGUGCAGCUCCAGAACGUGGCCGUCCUCUGAGCUGGGAGCCGCCGGGCCGGGGUUUGUACUGGGGAGGGGGCCUCACCACCCAAUAAAGUCUUUGCCGCCUCCCACCUCCCGCGUCUCGUGUCUUUCCU